UUUUGUCAUUGACUGAUGUCAAAGAAGUCUUGAACGAGAAUCAAUGUAAAUUAAUAAAAGUUGAAAAUGAUUCGAACGUGUUUGUUACGUGUUUGUGGAUUUGUGAAAAAUUCGCCAAGAAACGUUUCAUUUGUGAACAAUGAUAUACAUAAUUUAUUUACUGUUGAUUACAUAUAUUCACAUCUGUUAAAGACGCACAUCCCUUUAGUACAUAAUACGAGGAAUACGACGUUUUUUGUAAAUAAAUCUGCGGAUGAAUUAUGGAAGGGUGUGACAACUGUCAGUAAUGCAGGAAGACAGAGAGGUAGAGCAAAAGGCUUGGCAAGAAAGAGAGAUUUAAACAAGGGUCAGAUUAUUGGAGUAGGAAAAAUUCCAAUGCAAUUCCCUGGUCUCAAUACUCCUAUGAUUAGAGGUAAACAAAUCAUGGAACAUCAAAAGUUACCUGUUGAUCCUGAAAGAGAAGAAAAACUCGCUAAGCAGCAGCUCCGUCCAAUGAAAUCAAAACAGAAAUUGUCACCUUUGGAACGUGGUUGGACAGGUGGUCAUAUUGGUGGCAGAAAGAUUGGACCACCAGAUCCUAUCGGAGAAG